AUGUCUUCAGAAACAGCACAAGUUAGUUCGUUGCCAUUGCCACCAAUGCAAUAUAUUAACUUUUACACCGAUGAAAAUGUACGAAGAAAUAGAGCACCUUUACCUCCGCGACCUAUUCCUGAUUCAUACUCUAUGUUUGGACACAAUUUCAAUGUUGAUGAUACUAUUAUUAGAUCAUUGGAGAGUCAGGGUUUUCGACGACUUUAUCCUAUGCAUUUUGAAAGAAGAAGAGAACUGAAGAAGUUAAAUCAUUCUUUACUUGUGAACUUUUUGGAUUUGUUGGACUUGUUAGUACAUUGCCCUGAUUCGCCAAAAAGAGCCGAAAAAGUAGAAGAUCUGAGUUUGUUAUUUAUCCAUAUUCAUCAUUUAUUGAAUGAGUUCAGACCCCACCAAGCGAGAGAGACUUUAAGAGUAAUGAUGGAAUUACAAAAAAGGCAGCGAGUUGAGACUGCUACAAGAUUCAAGAAACAUUUGGACAAAGUACAAGAUAUAUUACAAAAUGCAUUACAAAGCUUACCAGACCAAAAUGAAGUAGAAUCCAACUUUAAAGUACCUGUUGAAAUAUUGGAGCACAUGGAUUGUAGUAUGAAUGAUGUAACCAACCAAGAUCCCUGUUGUGAACUGGAUAGAAUUAUGUGUAAUGUGGUUGAUAAUAUGAGAUAA